AUGGGCCCAGUUGUUGGUUCCAACACAGACAAGGUCUCUGACAAAGCUGGAGGACCUACCUACCUGCUGUGCAAACACAACAUUAGCCCUAACCACAAUCACUUUUCUAGACGAGGAUGCCCACCACUUUACGUAUUGGCAGCUGGAAGACUUGAUGGCAAUACAGGAGAGGAGACCUACCAACACUUGAUCUGGGCAUGUAGUAAGGUUAUACUCUGCUCGGCUGGUGAGAAAAGAGGCAACGAAGCUGCUGUACAAAAGACUGGCCGAAGUACUUGCACGUACUGUAUCUGCUGGGGUAAAAGUUAUUCAGCUGCCCAGCAACAAUCUCGAUACAGAGCGCCAUUCGUUGCAAUUAUAGGCAUCUCCCAGCCUUCUCUUCCGUUGGAUCUAGCUGGCUGUCUGGCCUUGUUGAUCUUCGUCUACUGUGCUCUGGCACACGGGAUCUCCAUCCCCGUCCCUACUUUUCACUACGUGGCUUGGGCCAGAUCGGGAACCAGGGGUCCCGACUGUGGGCUGGCGGCUGCUUUUGUUGGCUUUGUUGGCUGUUCGGGAGAGGUUGUCUUCGACCCUAGUACCCCGGCUGUGGCAGUGGCGGAAACCGACCAGCUGGACUCUGUUUCUUUUGCAACCCCUGAAGGCGUCGAGCACAACGGGGACGGCGUCCGGAAGGCGUCCCUGAUGGUACCAAGAUGGAGUGCAGAUUAUGCUUGUCAUAAAUGGUGGUGGUGGUCGCGUUGA